AUGGCUUCAUCAAGGAAUCCUUUGCCUACCCUAACAUCACCGCCACCUUCACUCUCUUUCGGCAAUUCACUACACGAGCCGCCUCUGCCCACCCUUCCAUUUGACGUCAUUCCAGAAAUCCUUUGCUUUCUACCUGUGAAGUUCCUACUCCGGUCUCGAUGCGUUUGCAAAUCCUGGAACUCUCUCGUAUCUGAUCCCAAGUUUGCCAAGAAACACUUUUGCAUGUCAGCUGCUCGCCAUAUUUACUUCAUAAGCUACAAGAGAUCUGAUACCGAGUACAGUUUCAGAUCUUACCCUCUCAACUCCGUUUUCACAAAAAGAGCCACUCCACAAGAUAAGUUUGAGUAUUUUCCUAACAAUUUUCGUGGAAAACGUCGUAUAAUGCAUUCAUAUGGCUUCGUUGGCUCUUGCAAUGGCAUCCUUUGUAUUGCAGAUGACAAUGACAAAGGCUUAGUUAUAUUGUUGAACCCUUCCAUUAGAAAAUUCAAGGAGUUGCCCCUUCUUGAAACACCGCCAAGUGCAAUGUUUGGUAACUUUGAGACGACGCUUGGCUUUGGCUACGAUUCUUUUACCGAGAAUUACAAGGUGGUUGUUGUUAUGCGGUACAAGAUGCGUGUCGGUAGUCAUUACCGUGAUUAUGUUUACAAAACUGAAGUGAAGAUUCAUACAUUGGGUACCAAUUCUUGGAAAAGCAUUCAAGAGUUUCCUUUUGGUGUUGUCCCAAUUGGACAAUCUGGAAAAUUUCUGAGUGGCACGAUUAAUUGGUUGACCUCUAUUGAUCUCCAACGAGAAAGUCCUCGCUUUAUUGUUUCUUUUGAUUUGGGAAAAGAAUCUUAUCAAAAGGUUUUGCCUCCUGAUUAUGGAGGGGUAGAUGUGUGUCACUUCUUAGCCUUGGGUGUGUUGAGGGAUUGCUUGUGCCUGGCUUCUCGUGAUGAUACCUACUCUGUAAAGGAUGUUUGGGUUAUGAAGGAGUAUGGAAAUAGAGAGUCGUGGACUAAAUUGUUCAAUGUUUCUUACAGGGGAGAUCCUAAAUAUAGUGUAUUUGGUGAGCCAAUAUAUAUUUUUGAGGAUAAUCAAGUGCUGCUGAAGUUUCCAAGGUAUUUAAAUUUGAAGUUGAUUGAUUCAAGGAAUGGUACUUUUACAUCUACUGGAUUUAAUAACACCCCAGAAAUCUGCAAUGAGAGUUUAAUAUCACCAUGUUCUUAA